AUGAUACAAAAGGGAGACAACUCCAAACACUCCCCACUCACGCCCUCUUGUUAUGAAGCGCUCUCAUCUCUUUUCUCUGUUUUUCUAACAUUUUUCUUCACAAACUAUGGGACUCUGUUGCUGUUUUCUACGGAAAGACGACCACGAAGAUGAAACCAAUUUAAACCCUGACCCGAAAUGGAGAACCCACUGCACGUGGUAUCCCAGACCAGUUAAGGAGGUACGCAGAAGACAGCUGGCUGAUGCUGCUGAGAAACGAAGGAAAUCCAUGGAAUAUCGGGGUAUUAAGGACCCGGAAGGCUACAAAAGACGGCAGAAAAAGCAGCAACAGUUAGACGAACUAGACUCACAACCUUCGGAAAAUACCAAUCUAAGGUGGCAAAUAGACUGAACCAUUUUUGAAGAAUUGGAAAGCAGGGAGGUCCAUUUUCAAAGACUUUUCUAUAAUCCAUAAUGACAAAAAAUAUUACAAAAAACAAAUCUUUUUCUCCACCUCUCAAUCUAUUCUUUUAUAUUUGGUUCUAUUUAUGAUAAUAAAAUCCUGUAACCUUUCUUUUCAAAGGACCCCAUACCUGGGAUCAUUGUCUAUGCUCUGUCUCAUGUCCCUAUUAAUUUGUCAUAAUUUUCAAACCCCUAAAAUUAAUCUUCCCCACCCCAGUUCAUGCCUGUGUGUGAGAUGAUGAUGAUAUUUAUUUUUCUUCAUUCUUUGAAAACUUUUAAUUUUCUUUUCUUUUUUACCCCCAUCUCUCUGUAUGUGUUAGGAAUAAAAAUAAAAUAAAUUAUUAUAUAAAUAUUAUUAUAAAAAGGUUUUGGUAGAGAAUGAAGACCACCAAAGCUUUUCCUGUCUGUUUCUCUUCCCAUCCCACCAUACACACUCCUGGUUCUCUUAACCCAGGGAACUCUCAUUUAAAACACUUUGAAUUUCUUUGUGUAAAUGAUGUUAGGAUCUGUGUGUGUUUCUGUAUUAGAAUGUACCAUGUGAAAUAUAAUCUUCUUAAAAGAAAAAUUAAAACUAUUUUGAAUUGAGUUAAAGAAACCUAUUUAAUUAAACUAUCUAAUCUUUUAUGAUUUUCUUUUAUCAAUGUGAUGUUAAAUGAACCCUUUAUUUGGCCCUAAUAUUCUACCUUUUUUUAUGUUCAAGCCAGCUAGAUCUGGCCUCUCUCACCUACCUGACAAUGUCAUUCUAACAAUAAACAAUCAUUUGAAAUCUUGAAGCCACAAGAUAACGUAUGAUUAAAUUAAAUAAAUACACAUUACAUUUGACAGAGCAGCCUGAAUGCUAAUGUGUUACGUAUGGUUACUAAGGAAAAAAAAUCCCACAAUGCAACAAAAAAAACUCCUUUGAGAGUUUGGACUUCUCAAAUUCUUCAUCUGCUUUUUGAUUCCCAAAUCUUCUAUCAGAGUGUGAACAGUUCCAGCUGUUCAAAAAGAUGUUGAUGUCGAGUAAGGUGGGCGUGAAUUUUCGCAAAGAGUUUUGGUUGUGAUCAGUGUUAAGGCAAAGCCUUCUCUUCGUACGGUGGAAUUUGUCUGUUUCGUUUCUGUCUCUCUGAACCCAUUCUUGGUUGUUUUGAUUUCGGUUUUUCAUGUAUAUGGUUGAUUCCCUGACAGUAUGAGUUUGUAGUUAUAGAUUCCUGUUGUUAGCAAGAAAGAAUACUGCAAUAUGUCUUUUAUAAACUACCCUACAGUCGUUAUAAGUUUCAUGGAAUGCAGUGGCUGCUUUGGAAAAUGUCUCAAAGACUUUUCUGUAUCUCCCUCCUUGCUGGGAAUCUUCAUUAUCAUCAAACAAAACUCAUUUCUUCCACAUCUUAAAUGAUGGUACAAUAAAAGCUCAUAUCUACUAAGGAUCAGCAAUUCUCAGUUGCACCAUUAGAUGCCACAAUUUCUCAUAAUAUGUAGAACCCUUUGUCCAGUUUCUUCACUUUUCUGAUGUUACAGCAGGAAAUAAAAGUGAAGUUAAGUUACCUUGGGUCAUACUGACUCAUAAGGGCCAGUUUCCAUGGCUUAUAUAUUCUCCAUCUGGACAGGACACUGGUCAAUCGAUUUUCCAGCUGGAGCAACAUGAAAUGAAGGGUUUUGCUCAAGAACACAAUGUAUUGCCUGGUCCAGGAAUUGAAACCACAAUCUUAUGAUCAUGAGUCCAACACAUUAACCAUAAAGCCACGUGUCUCCACACCAAAGAAAAUGGCCAAAGGAGCUACAAUUAAGCCUACUGCAAAUUGCCAGACUCCUGUCCUGAUAUUUCUGUCCACUGAUUCUUUUGUCUUCAUUCCUGACUGGCUUUUGUUUCUCUUCUGAAGUUCACUCUAAAGACUGUCAUCUCUUGAAUGAAAUUUCCCAACCAUUGCUACAUUGUAGAUUAACGCCGCAAUCCUCUCCAAAUGCUAAAUUGGUAUACGGUUAUUUCGUAGGUUUGGUUGAAUUACAUCUUAAUAUGGACAUAUAUGUAUAGGGAAUACAAGAAGAAAAAAAGAAAAAGAAUCAUCCUUGUUCCAAAGGUCACUAUAUUGUGGCGGGAGCACAGAAUACUUAUUAGCCACACCACCACCACCUGAAAAGUGAGAUCAAAGAAAUAUAAAAGGCCUCCCCCAAUUGUACAACAUGGGUUAACUGACCUCCUGUCCCUUCUGUUAACAUGUAGGACUGUAGAUUGUAAAGGGUUUCAUGUCGAGAAAACAUUUCAUGUGGUAUACUCUAAUACUUAGCAAGCUAGAUCUGUCUGUUUGUCUGGCAAGUUAUCUAGCUAUCAGGUUAGCUAGCUAGCUAGCUAGCUAUUUAGAUAUACUGAUAAAGAAAACAGGAAAUAUUAAUGUUAGGAAAAUAAAGAAUGAAAAGAGGAAAGAAAAAUAACUAAAACCGUCUUUCAUUCUGAUUUCUUGAGCGGGUUUUUUGUCUAGCUAUUAAAGAUAGCAUCUCGACUUUUAUACUCCAAAGAGUGGAAUUUAUGAUAUUACAGUUAAUUCUUUACUUACAUGUGAUUUGACAUGUGUUGAAGCACUCAUAACUAAAGAAUUAUCUGUAAUACCAUUAAAUCCAUUUUGGCUAAAUGUAUUAUACUCUGCGGCUUAUUUUUUAGCCCUGGAAUUUCAAUUUGUGUGCACAGUCUCCUUUUAGGGAAACCUUCUAUUUAUAUACACUGUUAUCCAAUAUUUGCAAGAGUGCUGGCUAAGGAACAGCUUUGGAUUUAUUAAUUCCCUCUUAUCUGAUAUAUGUGAAAUGAUCUGCCUUUGGUACAGCUAAAUUUGUUCAAUUUCAAUGUUGAAGAAUUAGCUUAACACUUCAGAGUUCCUAAUGCUAAUACCAUAUAACCCUUUAAGCAUUUAAACUGACCAUAUCCAGCCUAAAUAUUCUGUUUUAUGUUCCAAACAGGCCAGAUCUGGCCUCUUACACUUACCCUACAAUGUCGUUCUAAAGCUAAACUGUCACAUCAUUGAAAUCUCAAAGCUAUGAGAUAAUGCACAAUUAAUUCAAAACAAUGUGAAUAAAUAAGCAUUACAUUCGAGUGAAUAAUGCUGAAGAGUUAAGGGAUUCCUAUAAUUUUCUAAACAAAAAUUUUGAAUUUAAAAUAUAAAUAAAUAAAUAAAGCCAAUCCCUGUUUGGUUUCUCAAAGAUUUUUCUUGCCAAAACUAACCUUUUCAUAAAAAUCAGCCUUAAUUAUUACCAGCCAAUCAGAUUUGGCAAACUUGAUUUCUAAAGAGCAUUAAUUGUCUUAAAGAAACCAUCUUUCACAAUGAUUGGCAGCUGGAAAUAGGGUCCUGGAAUUAUUUUUCGUUUUCUUUCUUAUUCCCACAAACCCAUAUCCUCUAGCAGAAAAAACCUGUUUUAACCCUAAAUCUAUAUUUCUAUUUCUCCAUUUCACCUAAAUAUUGUAAAGUCAUAUAUUUUUUUAUUUUAUUUUUCUUCCUCAAUUUUGGCUUUGUAAAAUUUUUAGGAAAUAAAUCAACAUUGCUUUA